AUGGAACUGGGCCCAGAGCCCCCGCACCGCCGCCGCCUGCUCUUCGCCUGCAGCCCGCCUCCCGCGCCGCAGCCCGUCGUGAAAGCGCUGUUCGGCGCGCCAGCCUCGGGGGGCCUGUCGCCUGUCACCAGCCUGACGGUCACCAUGGACCAGCUGCAGGGACUAGGCAGUGAAUAUGAACAGGCGCUGGAGGUGAGAAACAGCAGUCUGCAGAGAAUGGGCUCUUCUGAGUCAACCGAUUCAGGCUUCUGUCUAGAUUCUCCUGGGCCCUUGGACAGUAAAGAAAACCUUGAAAAUCCCAUGAGGAGAAUAAGUUUCCUGCCUCAGAAGCUCUUGGGAUGUAGCCCAGCCCUGAAAAGGAGCCAUUCUGAUUCUCUUGACCAUGAUGUUUUUCAGCUGAUGGACCAGGAUGAGAACAAGGAAAACGAAGCCUUUGAGUUUAAGAAGCCAGUAAGACCAGCAUCUCGUGGCUGCCUGCACUCUCAUGGACUUGAGGAGAGUAAAGAUCUCUUCACGCAGAGGCAGAACUCUGCCCCAGCUCGGAUGCUUUCCUCCAAUGAAAGAGAUGGCAGCGAGCCAGGGAAUUUCCUUCCUCUUUUUAUGCCCCAGUCCCCUGUGACGGCCACUUUGUCUGAUGAGGAUGAUGGCUUCAUGGACCUUCUUGAUGGAGAGAAUCUAAAGAAUGAUGAAGAGACCCCGUCAUGCAUGGCAAGCCUCUGGACAGCUCCCCUUGUCAUGAGAAGAACCACAAACCUUGGCAAUCGAUGCAAGCUGUUUGACUCUUCUUCCACAUGUAGCUCCAUCGCCCGGUCAGUGUUAAAAAGACCAGACCGAUCUCAGGAGGAGUACCUACCCGGAAAUACGAAGCGGAGAAAGAACAUGGCUGGGGCCAGUCCCGAAGAGGUAGCAAGUCCAGAGAAACCCCAAGAGAUUCUACAUCAGUCUUUAUCCCUGAUAUCUUCCCCGAAAGGGACCAUUGAGAACAUUUUGGAUAAUGACCCAAGGGAUCUUAUAGGAGACUUCUCCAAGGGUUAUCUCUUUCAUACAGUUGCUGGGAAGCAUCAGGAUUUAAAAUACAUCUCUCCAGAAAUUAUGGCAUCUGUUUUAAACGGCAAGUUUGCCAACCUCAUUAAAGAAUUUGUUAUCAUUGAUUGCCGGUACCCGUAUGAAUAUGAGGGAGGCCACAUCAAGGGUGCAGUGAACUUGCACAUGGAAGAGGAGGUUGAGGACUUCUUACUAAAGAAGCCCAUUGUACCUACCGAUGGCAAGCGUGUCAUUGUCGUGUUCCACUGCGAGUUCUCUUCUGAGCGAGGCCCUCGCAUGUGCCGGUACGUGAGAGAGAGAGAUCGGCUUGGUAACGAGUAUCCCAAACUCCACUACCCGGAGCUGUAUGUCCUGAAGGGCGGGUACAAGGAGUUCUUCCUGAAAUGCCAGUCUCACUGCGAGCCUCCCAGCUACCGGCCCAUGCACCAUGAGGACUUCAAAGAAGACCUGAAGAAGUUCCGCACCAAGAGCCGGACCUGGGCAGGGGAAAAGAGCAAAAGGGAGAUGUACAGCCGUCUGAAGAAGCUGUGA